AUGUCUGAUAAUAGCAGUUUUGGAGAACAGAGCUUGGCAGAGGUGAUCAGCAUAUGUCGGACUUGCACCCAACUCGACAGACAUAUUGACGAAGAGGAAGCUAGCUCAGGGACGGUGCCCGGUGCCGAAGCUCCUCAAGAUCCUGCCAGGAACGACAGGGAUACGCAGCUCGACCAAUACCUUGACCAUGCCAUCCAGUCUUUCGCCGCUCGAUGGCUCCCGUUGAUCUAUCAGAGCUCAGUGCCGGGGCUCCCUCUGGCCGACAUCGUCUGUCGUCUAUGGCGGCGUGCGCAUACCGACAUGCUAAAGGUCAUCAACAGGCCGUCUUAUCGCUCAAUGCUUGCUUUACUACUGUUUGCUCUGACACCAAUACCAGUAGGUGUAUGUGAAGAGGAAGAGCUUGAAGGGGUGUCUGGACAGGUCUGUGUCCACGCUGCCCUUCAGCAGAUCCAGACACUCCGCGCCCGGCAAAAGAGCCUUCAGUUCAACGGGACACGAGUCAAUCUAACGAACUCGAACCGCCCCGUUGGUGCCAGUCCUGCUUCACUAGCGACCGCCAAUUUCAUCAUUGCAGAAAGCACUGCUUACUGGGCUGCACUCACCUUCGACACCUCUGCUUCUCUGACUUUGAAUUGCAGGCCACUGCUUUCCUCUGGCCUCUUCGGCUUUGAGUCUGAACCAUCAUGGCGUAUGGUCCGGGCUUGCAUCGGAAUCUUUCACGAAUCGGCACGAGACUGGAACCACGUCGACGUCGAAAUAACAGAUGAAAGAGCCAACCAGGUCAUUGCCGCUGGGGCGGCCUGGAAAUUGUUGGUCUGGAAACUGACGGCGAAUCUGAAAGAAUCCCUGCGAGACGGCCACGACGAGUCAGAGGUGCUGAGGGCGUUCAACUCGGUGUCCAAUGCCGUCGAUCAAUUCAACAUCACGUACCGAGAUCUGCUCAUCGCAUGCCAGAGACGAAUACAAUUCCUCAACCAAGAGACGCGACUUCGCUGGUAUGAUCUCAUGCUCCACUAUAACCUCGCGAUCCUGAUGGUCACCGACAUCGCUACAGCAACUCUGCGAGAAGACCUCUUAUCCCUCUUCUCGGCCAAGCGAGUCGACGCCGAAACAUGGGUCAUGAAUUGCCUCGCCUUCGGCCUGAACAACAAAUACACUUUGAAGCUCCAACGACAUCCAGACGCCACCGAACCCCCGACUCAGGCACAGCACGCAACAAGCAUCACCGUGCCUCUCGUCGCGAUUGAUCCCUAUCCCCACCACGUCGUCGCGGCCGUGAAGCUCAUGCAGCACGCUAUCGACAGGGACUUCGCGGCCGAGAAGAUCAGCGCAGAUGCGUACACCAACCUACAUUCCACGUUGCGGCAAACCUUGAGCCACCUCCCUCAAGUCUCCAAGUCCGUGCAGACAACGCUCGCUGAGUUUGAAGCGGCCGAACACCCGCGACAGCCGCUAUAUCCGUAA